ACGGGUUAAACCAAAUUCAAAAGUCUAAACUUUCGUUGUUAAAACUAUGUCAUCCAAUUUACGCCACCACCCCAACCUCCUUUUGAAUAACCCACUUUCAAUCCCCUUGUCAAACCAAACAAACUAUUUCUUCUUUCUUUUCCCCCUUUUCUCUCUCUCUUACAUUUCCUACCCUGACCCAAAACUCAAACGGAUCCAACCAAAUAACCGAAAAUGGUAUCGGACUCGGACCUCAUCACCCGACUCCGCGAAAUCUUACAGGCGUCAGACCUUAACACCACCUCAGCCGGCGCCGUGCGCCGCCAACUUCAAGAAGAUUUCGGCGUCGAUUUAUCUGAUCGGAAAAAGUUUAUCUCUCAACAAAUCGACGAAAUUCUUCAAGCAGACGAAAUUAAUGGCGCCGAAGAUGAUAAUGUCACGCCGCCGACGGAAGAAGACGACGCCGAAAACGACGCCGGAGCCGCCGCCGAUGAAGAGAUAGGAGUGGAGGAAGAAGAAGAGAGUGACGACGAAAGGUUGAAGGAAGAGAAGACGAAGAAGAAAAGAAAAGGAUCUGGCUUUACUAGAUUAUGUAGUCUUUCUCCCCAACUUCAAGAACUUGUUGGAGUACCUGAGAUGGCUCGAACUGAGGUAGUUAAGAAACUCUGGGCCUAUAUCAAAGAGAAGGAUUUGCAGGAUCCGAAAAACAGGCGUAACAUAAAAUGUGACCAGAUGUUGCAUUCCAUUUUUCGUGUAGAUACCAUCAACAUGUUCCAGAUGAAUAAAUCCCUCACUAAGCAUAUAUGGCCACUGGAGUCAGGAGAAGAUUGUUCAACUGAUGCUCCGGCUCCAGCAAAGAAGCAAAAAGGUCAGAAAGAUGAAGAUUGUUCAACUGAUUCUCCAGCUCCAGCAAAGAAGCAAAAAGGUCAGAAAGAUGAAGAUCGUUCAACUGAUGCUCCGGCUCCAGCAAAGAAGCAAAAACGUCGGAAAGAUGAAGAUACGGAAAAAUCAAAUGAAAAUACAAAGCAAAAAAAGGGUAACGCUACUGGUUUUCUCAAACCCCUACAACUGUCCGAUGCUUUUGCUAAGUUCCUUGGUACUGGCGAAACUACCAUUGUUAGGUCUGAUGCUGUCAAGAGAAUUUGGGAUUAUAUAAAACAGAAUCAGCUCCAGGUAUGGUGUUGUUUGCCAGAACUGUUUUGCUCUAGCAUAGUAAAUACUCGCUGAAAGCUGGAUGUUCACCAGUGAGACUGAGCAAGUAAAAAUGCCUGCUGCUGUUUCUCCAAAUUCGUUGCACAGUCAUGCAUGCCGUGACCUGCUUUCAUCUUUGUGUGACGAGUCAGAGCAACUGGAAAGCCUGCUUUAGUUAUGCAACUCUUUCAUUUAAGGCUUUCACAUUGUCAAUAACUAUAAAUCAAAGGAUACAGCAUCAGCUUGCGCGACAUGUCUUUUAAGACUUCUUAUAAAAUCAUCCUACCAGUUAAGAUGUUUUACUAUAAUCUAUUGUUUGUCUAUUAGUUAUAAUAUCAAUGUGUUGAUGUUAUCUUCCAAACAAAAAUCAAAUAGUUUGAUUAUAGUAAUGGUUCAGUACUACUACUAUCUUCUGUGUGGAAACUUUCCUGAUGUAAGAUUUUAUCGGGUUCAUAAUAGGUCUUUGUAUUUUCAACUAUCUUUCACAUGAUCUCCAGUUUUUCUAAAAGCUCGCAUACUCUGACAUUUAUAUUAAACACCUCAUGUGCAGUCCAAGCGGCGUGUAACCUGCUUUGCUUUUCUAUGAAUGGUCAUUCUAAUGUCAAAAGAUUAUUUCUGUGAUCUGAAGAUGUAGCAUGAAUAGCAUCUCUAUGUAUAUAGAUUCUAUAUCUUUGGCCAAGGAAAGCCCCUCUUGAAACAAAAAGUUUAGUAGUCCUUUUUGAUUUGGUCUCAAGAGUAAGAUUGAAAACAUCAAGACGUCCUCGGAAUCCCACCAACAGCACAUCAAUUGAACUUGGCAUUUUAACAGAUUAAAAUGCUAUAAAGAAAUAUUAUAUCUACAAUGAUCUGGGUUUCCUCUCUUUUUAGGUGACUAUUUAAGAAGUGAGGUUAUUGGUGUAAAUUCCCAGCUUUUAAGAAUUUCUUAUUUAUUUUUUUAAUUUCUGAGCCCGUCUAUUGUGACAUUCUUAGAAACUUCACUGUCCACGUUUUGAGCCGUGUUUCUUUUUUAAAUUUUGACAUAAGACAUGCCUGAUCAACACUGCUGCUCUUCUUGUUUUGAAGGACCCAUCUGAUAAGAGGAGAAUAUUGUGUGAUGAAAAGCUGAAAGAACUUUUUGAUGUGGAUACUUUCAACGGAUUUACAGUUUCGAAGCUUCUAUCAGCUCAUUUGACCAAGAUAGAGUGCUAAUGUUGGAAGUACUUCACCCUGCAAGAAAGGUGAGCAAUUUUGUCGAGUGCACCAUGUCCGUGUAUACAUUGUCGUAGGUAUUAGAGGGGACACAGGUUCGAUAGGGUAGUGAUCAGUUGUAUUUUUCAUUUUCUGACCCGCUCUGGACAAUCAUGGAUGUAAUUAGCUUUAAAUUUGGUUUAAUAUACAAGAUCGUGUAAGCUUCUCCGUGUCGAGGCUUAGUCGUCACUUGCAUCUGCAUCUCCAUGGAUCACUAGCAAUGCAUUGCCACUGCAGCUAGAUGAUGUUUACUUCACUGAAAGUUGUAGUUGCUAACAGUUGCUUGGGCCUUGAUUUUUGGUGAGGAAUGCUUGGACCUUGGGCUAAGAAAUAUAAGCUCACUUUGGAGGGUCCUGUAAGACCUAAACACUGAGUUUGUUAGCUUAGACAUCACAAAAACGGAUAUGCGAUCGGGUGCAUCAACGAGACACGGGUUGGAUAAUACUGUAACAAGCCUAGUCUGGGCUCUUAACCCAGUUUUUUUUUUGGGUCUGAGAUUGUAGUGCUCUUAAUUGGUUAGAACUCGGAAGAAUGUUUCAUCUUGUGUUUUAUUUAACAAGUAGUAGGGUAUGUUUUUAUGUUAUUGCUAUUGUCAUUUUUUAUUUUUAUAGACAGCAAGUGAAAAAGUGUGUGUUUAGAAGAGCAAGUAAAUCUAAUGUUCUACUUUUUCUA